AUGACCACCACCAACUCCCCGGAGGAAGCGGCCGAUCCGGCCAGCGUCUCCGCCGCGGCCCCUUAUGGCACGCGAUCGAGAGGUCGCAACGCUCCUCGGCCUAACUAUGCAGAAGAUCGGGAGAUCGAAGUGGAGUAUGAACCUUCACUUCCAAAGAAUGCAAAGCGCACCAGUGCCGUGGGCUCAAAUAACAUCGUCAACGGCGCCAAACCAGACGCUGAAAAAGCUUCACCCACCCAACCACGCAAGACCCUGCCAAAUGGCACCGCGACUAACGGCAAUGCCACCCCCAAUGCCACCAGUGCCAAUGCAAUCCCCAAGGAGUCAAUUCCAGGUACUUCGUCAUUUUCUUCAAGACCAGAGGAGAAUGGAUCUGCAUUGAGGAAGCGGAAGCAACCCGCGAGCACUCCCAAUUCGGCUUCCAUUGGCAAUCCUGCCAAAAAGAUCUUCACAACCGCCCCUGGAGAUUUUGAUGGCGCCUAUAUUACCAAUAUGGUCAGCUUCGAAUCAUCUACACCAUAUCUCAAAGACGGUCAAAUAAAAGCAGAUGAUGGUACCACAUUUGCUGUUAAUGAUCAUGUCUAUUUGAUCUGUGAACCCCCGGGCGAGCCCUACUAUUUGGCUCGCAUCAUGGAAUUGUUGCCAUCCAAAACCAAGGGCGAUGGUGUUAUUGAAGCGUUGAGAGUCAACUGGUACUAUCGUCCCCGAGACAUUCAACGACAUAGCCCAGACACUCGAUUUGUGUACGCGUCCAUGCAUUCAGAUACCUGCCCGCUUUCUUCCCUGCGCGGUAAAUGUGAAAUUCGCCAUGUUUCAGAAAUUGACGACAUUAAUGCAUACAAGAAGACUCGCGACUCUUUUUGGUAUGACAAGAUGUUUGACCGAUAUAUCCACCGGUUGUACGAUGUAAUUCCGACAAAAGAUGUGAUAAACGUACCCGCAAAUGUCAAGAAGGUCCUUGAUGAUCGUUGGAAGUUCAUUUUGGUUGAGAUGGGCAAAGGCAAGGAAUUGACUGGCGCUGUUAAGACGUGCAAGCGAUGUCGCCAGUUUGCGGCAAAUUCCGAGUCUGUCGAUUGUGCUGUGUGCCAUUCAACUUAUCACAUGCACUGUGUGCGACCUGCAUUGACCAAAAAACCAGCUCGAGGAUUUGCCUGGGCCUGUGCCGCUUGCAGCCGUGCCCAAGAGCGCAAGCUUGAGGCGCGGAAUACCCCACACAUGAACGAGACGCGAGCAGAAGGCGAGGAGGAAGUCGUGGAGGAGGAGGAAGAGGAGCACCAUGCCAAUGGUGUCAUAAACGGGACUGACGCCAGCACCCCAACUGCAGCGGAGGAUUUUAUGCCGAAGCCCGAAACAGCAGAACAGAUGGCACAGGCGAAAAUGUGGCCUUAUCGCUAUCUGGGAAUUCAUUGCCGAGUGGAGGAUGCUCUGGACUACGAUGAUCGAAUUUAUCCCCGUGCAAGUUCGCGCCUUGGACCGCGACACCAAGCGAUUGUCAACCUCUGGCCUGGCCGCACCGUCGAAUAUGUGAAACCUCCAGAGCUGAAAAAGAAGGCCGUCAAGGUAGCGGGUGGACGAAGUGUCAUGAAGCUUACCAAGGAAUCUCAGGCGGCGCUGGAUGCUGCGAAAAUCGACCGUGCCACCCGACCAAAGUGGGUUCAAGAUGAGCCCCCAGGAUAUAUCGCACGCGGUGAAGAUGAGCCUGUGACCGUUAAUGGAAAGCAAGUUCGUACUGCCGAAAUGUUAUUCAAAAUGCCGACAGCAGAUCAAUUUUCUUCCCGCGGCGAAGACGAUGCACCAGGCGCCCAUCUAAGCGACGCGGACAGGGAAAAGUUCAUUGACGAUUACAUGCGUCAGGCGAAGGAGCUGGCUCCUGAACUCGGAGUGGAGAAGUAUUCCACCAACUUUUUGGAUAAAGCUUUGGAACUUCUGUAUUCUGAGAGCUUCAACGUGGAGACAGCUCUUGCAAAGCUGAAGAAAGUUAACAAAUACAAGGAUCUCAAUGAGCCUCAGCUAAAACCGGAGGAGUUGAAGCUAUUCGAACAAGGUGUCGCCAAAUACGGAUCUGAAUGGCGCAACAUCGCAAAGCAUGUCAAAACAGUCCACAUUUUCCACAUUGUACGAUUCUAUUACAUGUGGAAGAAGACUCCUCGCGGAAGACAGAUUUGGGGUAGCUACGAAGGGAGGCGCGGGAAAAAGGAGGUUCGACGACAGAGCGUUAUCUCAUCAAAGUUAGUUGACGAUGUCGCCGAUGACCAUGACGACUCUGCAUUCGACAACGAAAAAGCAGUGGUCCAGAAGAAGGGGUUCCAGUGCAAGUUCUGCUCGACACGUCAUUCUCGACAAUGGCGGCGCGCCCCUCUUGUGCCGCCUGGAACUGUUGUUCCCUCCGACCCUUCGGCGAAGAAGGACAAAGGACCCUUGCUGACCGUCGCUCUCUGCCUCCGAUGCGCCCUUCUGUGGCGAAAGUACAGCAUCCAAUACGAGGAUGUCGACGAACUUGGCAAGAGAAUUGCGACCAGUGGCAACAAGUCAUGGAGACGACGCAUUGACGAAGAAUUACUGGCUCAGCUAAUUUUAGCUACCGAAACCCCGUUCACUAUCAACAGUACCACUGCUGCUACCGCAACCUCGAUGGGUAUCGCCGUGGAUAGUAAUCCGCAAUUACAGCAUGAGAGCAAGCUGGAUCUUUCCAAGAAGAAGCCAAUCCGUCCUGAUGUACCAACACCUGCAACCUCUACAGCAACAUCAUCUGUAGAGCCAAUGCCGCCAAAGAAGAAGCCGGUUGUCGAGAAGGUUUCUGAAGGUCCACCAAUUGUCCCCGAUCCGCCCAGAGCCAAGACUCUCCCAUGCGCUGUUUGCAACAAGGUUGAGCCCACUGGGGAGGAGCAUGUUUCUUGCCGUGAUUGCCGCUUGACUGUUCACCGUAACUGCUAUGGAGUGCAAGGCACCUGGGCCGGUAAUAAGUGGCUUUGCGACAUGUGCUCUAACGACCGCAGUCCUUCGAUCUCAACGACCUAUGAAUGUGUGCUGUGUCCCGUAUCCUGGACAGAACAUGAACUCAUGGAAACCACCAAGAACACCAGCCGCAAGAAGUCAGACCGCGACAAGGAGAAAGAAAGACUGGAGAAAGAAAUGGUCGUGGAAGCUAUCAAGUUGUAUCGUCAGCGACAGGAAGCAGUUGGAAAACCUACCGGGCCUCGUGAACCCUUGAAACGCACGGCUGGCAACAACUGGGCUCACGUUUUAUGUUCAUUGUUGACCCCGGAGGUCAAGUUUGGGGAUGCUAGAGAACUGGAGCCUGCUGAGGGCUUUGGUUCUAUCCCUAAGGACCGAUGGCGGCAGGUGUGCAAGAUUUGCAAGUCUUCAAAGGGCGCUUGCAUUCCAUGUCACUCCUCUGGAUGUCAUGCUCAUUUCCACGUCGGUUGUGCCUUCCAAGCGCAAUACCGAUUUGGUCUUGAUGUCGCACCCGUAAAAGGCUCACGGAAAGACAGCCCCCAAACCAUUCGUCUUGGCGGUGAGCUUGGUGUAGCUACCCCGGUUGUCUACUGUCCUAGCCACACCGCGCCUUCUACCCUCCACGACCUCGGCGAAAUGACCGGACAGAAUAGUCUCAAUGCUCUCCAGUUGUUUGCUCAAACAUACAAGCAGGCAGAUCUCACGCUCACCGGUACAUCUAGAAAGGCAGCAUACGUCCAGCAAUCGGUUGCCGUUCCACAUCAUUCUGCAGUAAACGCUGCCUCGCGACGAGCUUCUACGAGCAAUGGGCUGCCGCCAACCCCCAGGGAUACCCACAAGCCACAGCCGACGCCAACUGAGCCUGGGCCCGAUGACAUGGAUAUUGACACGGAGGAACGGCCAGCUCCACGUCCGAUUUCUGGGAUUGCGACUGCAGCAACCGCACGCAAAUGUGUUCGCUGUGCAAGUGACUUCAGUCCCAGAUGGUGGCCGAGUGUACGACACCCAACCCACCGAGGAACUUUGGCGAACGGAGUGGGAGCAAACCCGAGCUUCCAAAUUUUUGCACAUGGAUCUCCGUUCCCGCACGUCAAUGGAGAUGCUGGAGAGUCUACAUAUGAAUGCCAUAAAUGCCAUUUGAAGAACCCCACGCCAGCAGAACCUGUGCCCGAACCCCGGCCUUCGCCUUAUCCUCCAGUCCAGGCUCCGGCUCCGGCUCCGGCUCCGGCUCCAGUACCACCUCCAGCUCCGGCACCAGCUCAAACACAGCCUGCGCCUCCACCUCAACAACGUCCUAUGCUUCCGAUGGGCGCCCCCCACCCUCACCAAUUUGUGCAGCACAAUCAUCCACCUCCUCCAGCUAGUGUUCUCGGACGGCCUCAUCCCCCUGCUCACUCCCACUCGCACGGUGCUAUCCCAGGAUACCCGCCGCGAUAUGAGCAGCGACCGCCACCAAACGAUCCGAAUUUGCGCAAUGGCAUGUCGCCUCGUGCUUAUUCUGCUGUGCCUCAGCCUCCACCCCCACAUCAUCUGGGGAGCUAUUCUCCUGCCCAUCCUGCCCAUCCUGCCCAUCCUUCCCACCCUUCCCAUUCUCCCCAUCCUUCCCACCCUGCCCAUCCAGCUCACCCUGCUCAUCCUGCUCAUCCCGCUCAUCCUCCUCAUCCUCCUCAUCCUGCUCACCCCGUUCGUCCUGCUCAUCCCUCAAACCAUCAUCCUCCGGUCCCUUCUCCAUCACACUACCCGCAUCCUGGUCCCCCCGGGCCUCCAUCACAACAAUAUUCGACUCAUCAGAGUCCAUAUGGACCGAUGCCAGCGCGCUCCCCGCACAUGUCACAGCCUCCUCCACGAUCAUACGCAGCAGCCUCUGCAUCCCCGCCUAUUGUGCAGGCGACGAUCAAUCGAUCGCCACAAACCUCAUUGAGUGCGCUGAAUGGUGGUCCGCCGCCACGCAUGUACUCUGUCGAUCGUGGCUUAGGUGCACCGUCUCACUCGCCACCCGUUGCUCAGGCCCGUCUUGACCCGCGCGGACCUACGCCGCCUAUUCGACCGGAGAACACACCCCCGUCUCACAUGGGACCUACCAGUGCCAGUCGACACCCAGGAGUGAACGGCACAAGCGCUGGUUCGGGUGCAAGUGCAAGUCCAUCACUCAAGAAUCUCCUUUCUUGA